AUGGCUGUCUUUGGCUUGAAACGUAUGUUUGAUCAAAAGCUCAACCCGCCCAAACCAGUGACCGAGUCCUUUGCUUCUCGCACAAUUCUCUUGACGGGCGCCACUUCGGGACUGGGAUUGGAAGCAGCAAAGAAGCUUGCGGCACUUCACGUUGAGAAACUCAUCAUUACGGCACGAAGUGAGGCAAAGGGUCAAGCUGCGAAGAGGGAGAUCGAAGACUUUGUCAAAGGUCAAGGUCACUCGGGAGAUGCCACUGCGAAACCGACAGAAAUCAUUCCCAUGGUACUCAACAUGGGAUCUUUUGCCGAAAUUCAAAGCUUUGUAGAGACUCUCAAAUCUAAAUUCCAGGCCAUCGAUGGGGCGAUACUAAAUGCCGGGAUGAUGAACUCCAAAUAUCUCCAGAGCAGUGAUGGCUGGGAGGAGACGCUCCAAGUCAACACCCUCAGCACGUUCCUCCUAGGCAUCCUUAUCUUACCACUUCUCACCGCCGCAGCAGACUCGGGCAAAAACAAAAACUACAAGCCACAUCUCACAUUCGUCUCCUCGGGCACCGCCUGGACCGUCCAGCCGGAGCAGAUGAAGACGUACAUGGCCAGCGAAACGCCCCUUGAGGACCUGAGCGCACAGAACAACUUUCCUCCCGGGAUCGCUGGCGGAGCUACACAAUAUGGCAGGUCCAAGCUCGUGCUCGAGUACGCGGUGCGUCACCUUGCAGCUUCACCUGCCGUCAAGGGGGUUGAUGGCAACCCCAAAGUCAUCAUCAACACUGUCUGCCCGGGACUGUGCAAGAGCGACCUGGGACGCAAUUUGCGCACAAACUUUUUCAUCGUUUUUGUCCAGUGGGUCCUCUACAGUAUCUUUGCUCGAACUGCUGAGCAGGGCGCCAAUGCCUACAUCGAGGCCCUGGUCCGCGGCCAGGACACCCACGGAGAGAUGUGGAAGAAUGACCGAGUGUUUGAGCCUGGACCCAUGCUGGCGACUGAAGAGGGGAGGGCAUUUGGUGAGAAGGCGUGGAGCGAAGUACGACAGGUCAUCGUCAAGGCGGACUCCAGCACGAAUGCCUUCUUAGGUUGA